CACCACUCGACGACGACAGUCGAGAACAAGCCUAAAGGUCUCACCUUUUUCCCACCAAAGUCUUCAAAUUUGGCGUCGGUCGGAAUUCGCAGAGUCUCUCUAUCAUCUUUUCCCCGUCAUGGAAUUUUUUUGAACAUGAGGAUGUUCCCUAAUGAAACCACUGGUAAUGCACUAAUGCUGCAGAGACGAAAGCAGAAGAGGAAGACGAAGAAUGAAGAUGCUGGUGAUGGUGGUUGAUCAGGGUUUAUUUUAGUUAGACAUUGCUUGCUCUCAACGGGACUCUUCCUGGAAUAUACACAUCAUCAAUCAAGCCGCUCUCUAUAGCUCUUUUCAUCUUCUCUCUAUGGCCACAGCUAAUUUGUUGGGUAAGCGAAACCCUGAAAAUGAUUUAGAGACCAAACAACACAUCCACAAGAAACACAAGGAAACACCCGACGAGAAGGAAUCUGCCGUAACAGCAAAGACGCUCUCUGUAACCCGCAGGUGUAUUCAUUUGUGCUAUGGCCAUGUUGAGUUUGCUUCUGCUAACGAAGCAAAGAAGGCGCUGGAAAAGAAGAAUGAUGAAUAUUUGCUUGGUAAUCAGAUAAAACUUUUUGCCGUUAAAAAAACUCCAAAGCGUCCACUACCCAAGUAUUGCAUAGAACACAAGCUUUGCUACAAAGACUACCUUGGACGAGAAAGCCUUCCUAUAGAAGAAGAUGAGACACCUCCCGAUUUUGUUGAGGAAGUACUCUUUGUUGCCAAUCUCCCUCCCCAAACUAAAAUCUCAGAUAUCCAAGACUUCUUCGAAGGAGUUGUUAGUGUUCGACUUAUUAUAAACCACGAGGGUAAGCAUGUGGGUUAUGGCUUUGUUGACUUUGCUUCUGCUUACCAAGCAAAGAAGGCGCUGGAAAAGAAGAAUGGUGAAUAUUUGCAUGAUCACAAGAUUUUUCUUGAAGUGGCUAAGACAACUCCAGACCCUCCACAACCCAAGUACAACCUUGCAGAGAAGCUUUAUUACGAAGACUGCCUUCGACGACAAAACCUUCUGAUAGAAGAAGAUGGGACAGCAGUGGAAGGACUUGAUAAAACUCCCAAUUUUGUUGAGGCAGUUGCUGUCAGAAACAAGACGCUAUUUGUUUCUAGUCUCUCUCACGAAGCUGAAAUUUCACAUAUCAUCGAUUUCUUCAAAGAUGUUGGAGAAGUUGUUCAUGUUCGACUAAUUGUAGACUACACAGGCAAGCAUGUGGACGAUGGCUUUGUUGAGUUUGCUUCUGCUAACGAAGCAGAGAAGGCACUGGAAACGAAGAACGGUGAAUAUUUGCACGAUCAUAAGAUUUUUCUUGAUGUGGCUAAGAAAGCUCCAUAUCCUCCACGACCAGAGUAUUGCAUAGAUCACAAGGUUUGGUAUGAAGACUACCUUCGAAGAGAAAGCCUUCUGAUAGAGGAAGAUGAGGCAGUGGAAGGACAGGAUGAAAUUCUCGAUUAUAAUGAGGAAGUUGCUACAAGAAGAAAGACGCUCUUUAUUGCCAAUAUCUCUUGCGAAACUAGUAUACCAAAGCUCCUCCAUUUCUUCAAAAAUGUUGGACGAGUUGUUCUUCUUCGACUUAUUGUAGACCACAGGGGUGAGGAUGUGGGUUGUGGCUUUGUUGAGUUUGUUUCUGCUAACGAAGCAGAGAAGGCGCUGCGAAUAAUACAUGAUAAAGAGUUUUGUCUUGACGUGGCUGAGAUAGCUCCAUACCCUCUCCGACCCAAGUACAACCUUGCAGAGAAGCUUUGGUCGAAGGUAGAAAGCCUUCUGAUAGAAGAAGAAGAAGAAAUAGCAGAAGAAAUAGAAGAAACAGAAGAAGCAGAAGAAGAAGAUGAUGAUUUGGAGACCAAACCAAAUCUGAAGAAACUGGAGGUACCUAUGCUGGGAGGACUCUGCGGUAAGAAGGUUAUCUUCUCUUAUGACGACUGAUGGUGAUGAUUUGGAGACCAAAUCGAGUCUGAAAGAAGAUUCUGUGGACAUAUUCUGUGGUAAGUAGAUUAUCCUCUCAUAUGACGACAACGACUGAUAGAAGACGAGGUGCAAUGCAAUUUAUUUGUAUUACUUCGCUUAUUCUUUCUUAUGUUGUAGUUAAGUUUUUUAUUGUCUGAAACCAAGUUAGAAUAUGCUUAAUUAUGAAUGGUUUGGUGUUAAAUCAUUAUCUGCCUUCACUAGUAUUACCUAUGUAAG